UAGACAUUUCUUAAGUAAUAAAAAAUGUCUAUUCCACCACUUCUUUCUCCACCUCAAAUACUUCUUCAAUUCAACAUUCUUUAAUCUCUUAACUCUCUCCAUUUUUGAACACAUAUUCAUCCCCCAAAAGCGUUCUUUUCAUCCCUACAAACUCUUAUAACCACAUUUUCCCCCCAUCAUUUCUCCACCUCAAUUCCCUCUAAUUUUUUUUCUUAUAAAUAGCCCUCACAUUCGUCACUUUUUAAUCACCAUCAUAAAACCCAAUUUAGGUGGGGAUCAAAGGUAUCCCAAUAAGAGACCCCAUCCCAAAGUUGUAAUAAUAUCAAUUAUAAUAAUAAUUUAAUUUUUACAAAAAAAAUGGGGUCCGGUGAUGCCGGGAGCAAGAAAAAGAUAGUGAUCGCCGGUGUGGCUUCCGUUCUCUUGGUGGCAUGCGUGGUGGUGGCCACUGUCACUGUCCGCGGCACCUACGGGGGUAGUUCAUCGUCCGGUGAGGGUUCUGGGUCGGGCGAGAUUUCGACGUCGACGAAAUCCGUGAAGGCCAUUUGUGCCCUGACGGAUUUCAAAGAGACUUGCGAGAGGAGUCUGGCGGGCGCCAAGAACACAAGUGACCCUAAAGAGCUCAUCAAGUUGGCGUUCACCGUGACGGUGAAGAACGUCUCCGACGCGAUCUCCAAGUCGGCGCUGCUCAACAGCGCCGCCAAGGAUCCCCGGACCUCCAGCGCGUUGGACACGUGCAAGGAGGUUCUGGAGGACUGUAUUGAUGACCUCCAGAGGUCCUUCGAGAAGCUCGAGGAUUUCGACCUCUCGAAGAUCCAGGAGUAUGCCAGCGACCUCAAGGUCUGGUUGAGUGGCGCCAUCACCCACCAGCAGACCUGCAUCGACGCCUUCGAGAACACCACCAGCGACACCGGCGAGAAAAUGAAGCAACUCCUGAGGACCUCCGGCGAGCUCACCAGCAAUGGCCUCGCCAUGAUCACCCAAUUCACCGACCUCAUGCAGACCCUGGAGAUCCCCGGGCUCAACCGGAGGCUCCUGGAGGCGGCUGACAGUGACGUGAUUGAGAGCGGGUACCCGACUUUUCUCGACGCCUCCGCCCGCCGCCUCCUCGCUGCUCGUCCUGCUUCCAUCAACCCAGACAUUGUGGUGGCCAAGGACGGGAGUGGGAAAUUUAAAACGAUCAACGACGCUCUGAAGUCAAUUCCCGCCAAAAAUAACCGAACUGUCGUCGUCUUCAUCAAGUCCGGCGUGUACGAGGAGUACGUGCUGGUCCCGAGGAAGAUGAGGAAAGUCGUCUUCGUCGGCGAGGGUCCCACCAAGACCAGAAUCACUGGGAACAAGAACUACAUCGACGGGAUCGGGACCUACAAGACCGCGACCGUGGCCAUCCAGGGCGACAGGUUCAUCGCCCGGGACAUCGGGUUCGAGAACAGCGCCGGCCCGACAAAGCACCAGGCCGUCGCGCUCCGCGUGUCAGCAGACACAGUCGCGUUCCACAACUGCCACAUGGACGGGUACCAGGACACCCUCUACGCGCACUCCUACCGCCACUACUACCGCGACUGCACCAUCACCGGCACAAUCGACUUCAUCUUCGGGAACGCGGCCGCCGUGUUCCAGAACUGCAAGAUGGUGGUGAGGAAGCCCCUAGAGAACCAGGCCUGCAUGGUGACCGCGCAGGGGAGGAAAGACCACCGCGGGGUCGGAGGCCUGGUUCUCCAAAACUGCGAGAUCCUCCCGGACCCAGCCUUGAAGACGGUUGACCCUCCGGUCCAGGUCUUCCUCGGAAGGCCAUGGAAGGAGUUCUCGAGGACGAUCAUCAUGCAAUCGUACAUCGACGGGUUCAUCGCCCCCGAGGGGUGGUCCCCGUGGAUUGGUACCUUUGCGUUGGACACGUGUUGGUACGCGGAGUAUCAGAACCGGGGCCCGGGGGCGAAGCUCGACAGUAGGGUGACCUGGAAGGGAUACAAGAAGAACAUAACCCCACAAGUGGCGAACCAGUUCACUGCCGGAGUGUUCCUUCAGGGAGACGAUUGGAUUAAACCCACUGGUAUCCCCUACGAAUCUGGGAUGAUGAAGGUGUAGAAAGAUUUGAUUAUGGAAAAUAUUAAAUUGUAAUUUCUAUGUUUGUAUACAUCAUCAUUCAAUUAUGAAAAAUAUGAAAUUUGGUGGUCUCAUUUCAUUUCCAAUAUUCUCUCUCUUAAAUUGAUAGUUCUAGUUUGAGUUCCCAAAAGUUUAAAAAAGUAAAAUGGUAUUCUUGAA